AUGGACAACCGGCCCGCUUCCGAGUACGCACAGCCAGGUUCGCACCACCCAAACACCGUGACCGACGCACCCUCUGAACAAAAACCUGCAGACCAAAAUUCUGCUGCUGCUGCUCACUACACCCCGCAACCCGAGGUCCGCCCUACGCCGCAGUACACACCGCAGCCGGAGGUUCGACCUAAUAUUCCCUCGGCCAACACCCCUCAGUCGGAUUACGGUCUGAACCCUCCGCCGACCGCCCGCUCGCCUGCCUACCAGGAUUAUCUGCACCGUCCUCCCCAGUCCUACGCCCCCAACUCCCAACCCGGUGGUGCGGCAGGUAUGGCCCAAGCAACAAGUCCGUUCAUCAACACCUUGCCUACGGGCCCGCGCAGUCCGCACUCAAAGUCUGACGCGCCCGUUCCUAUAGAUCCUUCGCUCCCGGCCAACAGCCCCACCUACCCUCCUCCCUACUCUCCUUAUCAGCCUCAGGGGCAUGAGAUGGCGCAGUACCAGGGUCACCCCCUCCGCCUCAGCACAUGUACGCGCGUCCGGAUUGGCCUCACAGCUAUGGACAACAGCAUCAUGGAUUGCCGGGACCUUAUGCUUCCCCGGCCACAACGGUUGGUUCCACCUCUCCUAUUCCUGCACUGCCAGGGUCACGCGCUCCAAAGGCUUUUCACAUUGUUCAACCAUUGUCUGUCUUGGAUGCCUCUGGGGGUUAGCUAUGCGGUCUACUCAUUUGUCCCAAUCCCUGGUGCACAGCAGCAUAAGCGUCCCCGUCGUCGUUACGAGGAAAUUGAGCGCAUGUAUAAGUGUGGAUGGAACGGGUGUGAGAAAGCAUAUGGUACUCUAAACCAUUUGAAUGCACACGUGACUAUGCAAUCGCACGGUGCGAAACGCACUCCUGAGGAAUUCAAGGAAAUCCGCAAGGAAUGGAAGGCUCGCAAGAAGGAGGAAGAGGCUCAGCGUAAGGCUAUUGAGGAGCGUGAGCGUGCUGCCGCUCAGGCCGCCCAGGCCAACCAAGUCGAACCUCCCAAUCCUUCUGACCCAUCCCACGGCCAGCCACCUUCUUACGCCGGUGGAGUCCGUCCUCAACUCCCUCCGAUCGGAUACCAGCCUGCGGAUAGCCAGGUCCCCAGCCAGUACGGUGGUCCUCCUGGCGGUGGAAUGGUCUAUCAGAACAAUGCACAGAUGGCCUAUCCUCCCAACUACCCUCACUCUCCCUACCAGAGCGGACCUGUGUACCCGCAACGUGAGUAAUGUCGCCGCCUUUCUCUCUCCAUACUAGGAUCGACUCUCUGGACUUCUCUUUCGACAAAGUCAUCCUCGCCCGACCUGUCAGCUGAUCCAUAAAUUCGCUACGGCUUCCAGAGACUCAAUCCAACUAUCCGCAAUAAUCUUUUCCCCCGCAUAAUCACCUCUUCCGCUAUGGACCUACACGGACGGAAAUGCAUUUGAUUUUUCUUUCUUAUCACGAUAUCCCCUGUCCUUGACUAAUGUUCUCGUCCUGGAUUCCGAUUCCCAUUUUCCUUCCCCUCAACACACCACGUCACUUCCGCUCUCAAGUCCUUCGUGCUAUGAUACCAACCUCUGCGGCUUUUAUUCCUAAUCUGUCUAAGAGUGGCUUUUCCAGCUUUGUUCUAUACCUGUCAUCCUUUUUUGUGUUAGAGUGCAUCGAGCUGAGAGGGUGUGCUGCCCUUUUGCACCCUCUCUCUGUUCUGUUUCCUACUUGAAAUUCGAUGCAGAAAGUGAUGUAUGUCUUAUCCUUGUUUGCCUGUUUGCUGGGGUCGUGGCUUCAAGGAUGGGUUGGCGGAUUAUUUGCAUCUGUUCAUUAUCGACAGCAUUCUCCCAAAAUCGUUCUCCUGGGGGUUCUUUGUUUUAGUCUUACCUGUUUCUCGUUUUCCUCCUAUCUUGUGUUAAACUUUGCUACAUGCAAAUUGUGUUCCCUUCUCUCCUCUCCUUCUCCAUUUC